AUGAGCAGCUACCUGUGGAAAGCAUACUACGAAAACGAUGUUCUGGGCUUCCAGCAACAUCUGCUGGCCGCGGCCGCGAAUGGCAGACCGUAUACGGCGGCAAGAGGUGGGCAGGUGAUUGGGAGUCCGGCGCAGAUUGGGAGUUCUCCGAAUGUGCCCGCGAAGGCACGGAGGCAGGGGCAGCAUGGUACGCCUGGCGGGUUGAGCAAGGCCGACGUGAAUGCGCGGGAUAAUACUGGGCAGACUUUGCUGCAUCAUGUCGCUUCGUGGACGGAUGUUGAGGCGGUUGGGUUCGCCAGCGCGCUGAUUGAUCAUCCGUCCGUCGACUUGUAUGUGCAGGACUAUGAGAAUGGGUGGACUGCGCUGCACCGCGCGUUCUACUUCGGCAACGUCACGAUAGCCCGGUUGGUACUCGAGCGAGACGCAAGCAACGCUUUCGGCAGGACCAGUGGACAGACGCACCAGACUGUUGGUCUGAUCAAGAUCAAGGAUAAAGAAGGUCAUGGUCCGCUCGAUCUUUAUGCCGCCACCAUCAAGGACAGGACACUACGACCAGAUGUGACUCGCAGGGCUAGAUCUGGUUCUGAUGCAAGUGACGAUGAUCGACCUGGCCCAGACAACGACAAUGAGGAUGGCAAGGUCCGCAUCGGCUUCAAUAACAUCAAGUGCGACCAACUCUUCAAUUUUGGCAGCAACAAGAAUGCUUCUCUUGGCUUUGGUGACGGUGGCGACCGUCAGUUUCCAGAGCGCAUCCAUUUGCGACGCCCGGCGCAUCUUAUCAAACGCUUCUAUGCCGAGCAUCUCGAAGAAGAGGAACGGAAGUGGACGAGGCACGAUCUGACUCAUCGACCAAAGCGGGUGGAUCUGUCCGAUAUGUGGGUGGAGGACAUCCCGUGGCUGCCCAAGAGCCGACCCUUGACCAUUCAGGACGUCCACAUGUCGAAGCUUCAUUCCGCCAUCCUCACCACAGACCCAGAGUCCAACUUGUACAUGUGCGGACAUGGACAGGGCGGUCGGCUGGGUAUUGGAGACGAGCAAACUCGUUUCAACUAUGUCUGCGUGGAGAGCGGAGCACUUUCAGGCAAGCGGGUGGCAACUGUAGCCCUUGGCCUCAAUCAUACACUCGCCAUCUCCGAAGAAGGAGAAAUCUUCAGCUGGGGCAACAAUGGCUUUGGUCAGCUUGGCUACAGUCUCCCGAAGACUGCCUCGAGCGAUGAAGAUCCAGUCAGCACCAUUCCGCGACAGAUAUUCGGUCCACUGAAACGGGAGAUCGUGGCAGGUGUCGCAGCGUCGCGGAUUCAUUCAGUCGCGCAUACUGGAAGCUCCCUGUUCACGUUCGGCAAGAACGAAGGCCAGCUCGGUAUCGUGGACUCUGACGCGAGAUCCCUUGAAGUGCAGACCACUCCGCGGAAGGUCGCCGCUUCCCUAUUUGCAUCCAACAUCGCUGCCGUUACUGCGAUGGACAAAGCUACAGUGUGUCUACUCGAGAGCCAUGAAGUGUGGGUGUUUGCCAACUAUGGUUACGCCAAAGUGCCGUUCCCGCUUGAAGGCUUCACCAAUUACUUCCUGAAGCAGAGCUUCCUCGUGACGACUUACGAUCAAGAAGCGAACCGCAUUGUCAAGGUUACUUGCGGUGGCGACACCUUGUGUGCUCUGUCCAGCCGAGGCGAGAUCUACACCCUUUCCAUCAGCCAGCGACAAGACAAUCAGACCAGCUCAUCCACGACGAAUCCCGCCAAGAUUCGCAGUGCUAUCACUCCGGCUCAAUGCAUCUGGUCGCCGAAGAAGAACAGCAUGGCUGCUAGAGACGUUGGCGUGGAGGCGGAUGGUUCGAUCAUCCUCUCCACGGAGGAAGGCAGCGUCUGGAAGCGCACCAAGCGAGCAACGCUCAAGGAUGCCACGGCCUCAGCAACUGGUGAUUACAAGCCCAAGGACUACAAGUUCUCUCGUAUUCCGGGCUUGACGAGAGUUCUGGCCGUACGCACUUCUGCCCACGGAGCCUACGCUGCUUUGAGGAAAGACUGCGAUGUCACGAAGACGCAGAUUGUUGUCGAGAACCAGAGCUUAUGGAAGGACUUGUUCCAGCUGCUGUCCUUGAGGAAACCUACCACUGCCAAGCAUGAGGUCGAUGAUGAGAUGGAUGAGGAGACGAGACACCGCUUCUGGCAAGGCCAUCGCAAGCCCGAUCCUGUGCUUAUGCUGAAGCGUGCCGUGCUCGACAGCAACGACAUCGAAGCCGAUUUUGAGGACCUGGCCGACCAGCACGCCUCAGACUCAUCCUCGAAUUAUGAUGCGUUGAUUGGCACGACGACAUCGAAGGUCAAGAUUCCUGUUCACCGCUUCAUGCUGACAGCCCGGAGCCGUGUCUUGCGGCGUGGCUUCCGCAACUUAUGCGAGACGUCCACCUUCACCACUGAUGUCUUCAAGUGCGAGAUCGCCGCGGGUGGUGAGACAGUGAUCGAGUUCAAGGGCGCCGAUAUUCUGACGAUCGUUAAUCUGGUCAUCUACCUCUACACCGACCAGCUGGUGGAUUUCUGGCAUUUCACCCGCAACAUCAAGAAGCCCCUGGCAGACCGGUAUCGAGCAAUCCGCGGCGAGCUGAUGAAGGUAGCUACCAAGCUCGAAUUGGACAAGCUGGAAGUCGCGGCACGGCAGAUGGUGCAGCCAAGGGCAUGUCUGAACGUGGACUUUGAGGUCGCCUACGCUGACCCUGCGUUCUUCUUCGACGGGGACGUGGUCGUCCAGCUUGAGGAUGAAGAUGUGCGGGUACACAGCGCACUUGUCCGGUCUCGCUGCCCGUUCUUUGAGGGGCUGUUCAUGGGUCAUGCUGGUGGACGAUGGCUUACCGGACGCACCGACGACGACAUCACCGUGGACUUGAAGCAUGUCAACUGGAAAACUUUCUCCAUGGUCUUGAGACAUAUCUAUGCAGACACCGGAGCCGAGAUGUUCGAUGACAUCGUCAGCGUCAGUUUGGACGACUUUUUGGACACGAUCAUGGACGUUCUAAGUGUGGCGAACGAGCUCAUGCUUGAUAGGCUAUCGCAGAUCUGCCAGGAGGUCAUCGGUCGCUUCGUCGAUGUCCGCAACGUCUGCGGUCUGCUGAACGCCAUCUCGCCUACCUCGGUGCAUGAAUUCAAAGAUGCUGCACUCGAGUACCUGUGUCUAAGCUUGGAGUCGCUGCUGCAAGGCCAUCACCUCAAUGAAUUGGACGAGGAUCUGCUGGAAGAGCUGGACAAUGUGGUGAGGGAGAAUCAAUUGGCUUGCAUGCCUUUCGCGAAAAGUGGCCGGGCUGAGCUUCUGCUCCAUGAACGCCAUCCGGAGCUUGCUGGUACCAUUGAUCAAAACCGCCGGGCGAAGAUCGAUGCGAUGGCUCUUCGAGCACGGCAUGUGGGCUUGGACACCUUUUCACCCGGUUCGGUUGGCGAUGAAGUCACUUCUCCCCUGACGCAGGCGAAGGCGCGGCAGAAGUCGGCCAGUCUACUUACUCCAGCGUCGCCGAAGCUGAAGGCUAAGGCGUCCACGAAGGACAUGAUGUUUGCAAUGGACGACGAGUUCGACCCAGCUUCACGAUCACCGGAGCAGUCGCCUUCCAUUCGGCCAAUGACUAAGACUCGGGCUCAGGAUGCAAUGGCGACCAGCUCACGGGAAGAUACGUGGUAUGAUUCGCGUGGGCGUGUCAUGCCUUCCCCAAAGAUGGGCUCGCAGACAGCGUCUGGCCCUGAAACACCCCGAUCGCCGCAGAUGCCAGGUCGAACACCAACGAGCGGCGCGCAGCCGUGGAGACUAACGCCUUUGACUGCUCCUAAGACCGACAUGAAGGACAUCAUGGCGCAGGCUGCGUCCACGAAUCGAACGUCGACGCUUUCCCAAGGUCUGGCGAGGUCAGAUAGUGUAGACGUUCCGUCGCCGUUUAGCCUGCCAGCACCAAAGAUGUCGCAGAAGGAUCGUAAGCGGCUGCAGCAUUCUCAGCAGUCCGAGGGUGCAGUCCCGCAAGUCGAAUCGAAGCCGCAACCGGCUGCUACGAAGACUCCAGCAGCGUGGCAGCCUGUGGGCGCCCAGAAGCCGGCUACGUUGAAAGAGAUCAUGAGUGGGCCUAGCAGCAGCAGUCCUACGAACAAGCCGCCUGCUGCACGAGCGGCGAGCACGCCACAACUUACCAUGCGCCAGACCGUCGCGAAUGCUAAGACGUCCAGCCAGAGCGGCAAGCCAGCGAUAGGCCCAAGUGGUCAACCUAACAUUCAGCACCGCAGCAUCUCCGAGUCCAAGCAGCCCGCCACCGCCUCUCCAGAGUCCACCCCCCCGCCACAAGUCACCCACCACUCGAACAGCAAGCCCAUCCCGCAAUCGAUCAGGCACCAACCGCCCCCCGAGCCUAUACUUGGCCUCUCGAUGUCCGAGAUCGUCGCGCAGCAGCAACUCGAAAAGGACGUGGUCAAGGAAGCUGUGGCGCCUCGGGAUCUGAACGACAUCCAGGCUGAGCAGGAGUUCGAGGAAUGGUGGAGUAGGGAGAGCGCGAGAGUGCAGGAAGCGGAGAAGAAGGAGGCUGAGGGGAAAGGCAGAGCGCCCAAGAAGGGGAGGCAUAGGGGUAGGAAGGGUGGGAAGGGGGCGAAGGGGGAGGGGGGUGCUGCUGCUGGUUGA